AUGGCGGCCGUGGCGCAGCAGAAAAACGUGCGUCUCUCUGACUCGGCGUACACCAGCUGCCUGCUGGCGUGCCGGCCGGACCUGAGCCGGGCGGCCACCGAGGACGCCUGCGACGUGCUGCAGGCCGUCUGCGAGCUGCUGUACCAGCUGACCUCGGCCCACCCGGGCCUGGUGGCCUCCCGUGCGCCGCUGCUGGUGCAGGGGGUGGAGUUCGUGGCCUCCGAGCUGUGUCCCAGGAGUAGUCAGGAGCUGGCGCGCUCGCCCGAGGAGCAGGCCGCGCUCGUCGCCACCGCCAACAAGCUGGGACGGGUGGUGCGGGAGCUGGUGCAGCUGGGGCCGCUGACAGAGCUGCUGGCGCCCUACCUCAUCGCCGACGUCCUGCUCCAGUUCCAGCGCACCACGCUCGACCACUAUGUGCAGGAGUCGCUGACGCGCAGCCUGUACUGCCUGCUGACCCAGUGCCGGGACGAGGUGGUGACGCGGCUGCGGGUCACCCUGCCGCCCGCCACCCAACACCUCUUCCACACGCUCUUCGUCAACUACAAGAAGUUCUACAAGUUCGCUGGCCGUGUGUAGUGUAGCUGGUGGUCGGUAGAUGGCAGGGGCAGCAGCGGGUCUGCCAGUGUGGGCAGUGGUUGUCUUUUUCUGUGCGGAAAGGAGUGCAUACGACAUGUCAAUAUACUGACUUGGACCAUA